UUUUCUGUUGCCAUGACAACCGUGCAACGAAUGGAACAGACCACACCAAGGGCUGGCCCUGUUGUGUACGAGCUGGGACAACAUACUACUCUAAAUGCAUAUAUGUGGAAAGGGAAGCCAGAGAAAUUCUUGAAGGGGGAACCCAAAGUUCUGGGGGUUGUGCAGAUCCUCAUUGCCUUAAUGAACUUCAGCUUGGGGAUGAUAAUGAUUAGUCUCAUGGUGUCAUCUGGUGGAAUUUAUUAUUACUGUCCCUUAUCAGUGUACGCAGCAUACACAAUUUGGGGCUCGGUAAUGUUUCUUAUUUCAGGGUCCUUGUCAAUUGCAGCAGGAACCAGCACUGCAAGGGGCCUGGUCCAAGGUAGCCUAGGAGUGAACAUCACCAGCUCUGUCUUUGCUGCAGCAGGGAUCUUCGUCACUAUGUUCAGCCUUGUUUUUUUUUCAUUCCGUUACUAUAUGUGUAUAAAUUUUGAGGAGUUGGAGAAUUGUUCCCUGCUUGUAUCUGUGUUAAUGGGUAUGGAUGGGAUGGUGCUCAUUUUAAGUGUGCUAGAGUUCUGCAUUGCAGUGUCACUCUCUGUCUUUGGAUGCAAAGUAACCUGUGGUAAUCCUGAUAAGGUUGUGCUCAUUCAGCCAUCAAAUCCUGAUAUGGCAGAAACAGCAUCUCCUGCACCAGUCACAGAAGAUUUGAUGCCACCAGCAUAUCAAAAGCAAAUGUUCCAGGAAACCUAUAUUGACAGUUAUGCAAGAACCCCACUUGGGAAAGUACCAGAAUCCAACUCUGAUUUUAAUAUAUAAAUAUAAAAUUCAGAACUAUGCUCUCAUUAUCCCCCAAGAACUCAACAACUCACUUCGCUGACUCUUUAUC